CCCUCCCGCCCGCCCUCCCGCCGCCCCGCAGCCGUGACCGCCAGCCCCGCGCGGCAUCCGGGGGCAGCGGGGCCGCGUCACGUGCCGGCGAGAGCGGCGGCAGCCGGAGGGGCAGCGCGUGCCGCCGGGCCCGCCAUGUCGGGCAAGGACCGCAUCGAGAUCUUCCCGUCGCGGAUGGCUCAGACCAUCAUGAAGGCUCGUUUGAAAGGGGCCCAAACAGGCCGUAACCUCUUGAAGAAAAAAUCUGAUGCUUUGACACUUCGAUUCAGGCAGAUCCUUAAGAAAAUUAUUGAGACUAAGAUGCUGAUGGGUGAGGUGAUGAGAGAAGCUGCCUUUUCACUUGCUGAGGCAAAGUUUACAGCAGGAGAUUUCAGUACCACUGUGAUCCAGAAUGUGAACAAAGCUCAGGUCAAGGUCAGAGCUAAAAAAGACAAUGUAGCAGGUGUAACCUUGCCAGUUUUUGAGCACUACCAGGAAGGAGGGGACAGCUAUGAGCUGACUGGCUUAGCCAGAGGUGGAGAACAGCUGGCUAAGCUGAAGAGGAACUAUGCCAAAGCUGUGGAGCUACUUGUGGAACUGGCCUCCUUACAGACGUCCUUUGUUACUUUGGAUGAAGCCAUUAAAAUAACAAACAGACGUGUGAAUGCCAUUGAACAUGUGAUUAUUCCCAGGAUUGAGCGCACCCUCUCUUACAUCAUCACAGAACUGGAUGAACGAGAACGAGAGGAAUUCUACAGGUUAAAGAAGAUCCAAGAAAAGAAAAAGGUAUUGAAAGAAAAAUCAGAGAAAGAACGGGAGCUGCGGAGAGCUGCUGGUGGGGAACAGGAACCAGCCAAUCUUUUAGCAGAAGAGAAGGAUGAGGACCUUCUGUUUGAGUAACCCAGCACAGUUGUUGUAUGUGGAGCAAGGGACCCAGGAUACAGAAUGUCUGUCCAGUUGCAAUCUAAUUCAGGACACGUUGCCUCACUGAUACUUAACGUGGCUUCUCAGUUGGUGUGUAAGUCUUGACUUGAAUGGAUUGUGGAUUUCUCUUGGGAGAUUAGAAAUCUGGGAACUUGACUGCAGCACAGGAGGAAAAGGAGAGAUGAGUCAGGUGCUUUACUGUCAGGAGAGCUUUCUUGUUGCUCAGCCAGUUUCUUGACUGAGUAGGAAUGAAUGUCCGUAGCUGUGUUUUUUUGUAGGAUGCCUCUAAAUUUGCCUAAUCAGAUUACUCUUUAAUUGCUCCCCUUCCUCAUGCAAGCAGAGGAAAAUGUUAUUUAGGGAGGGAGAUGCAUGUAAUGUUCUUUACUGCUGAACUAUUAAUGUUGAAGUUGCUUAAAGCAGAUACUGGCACAGCUGAAGUCAAAUGUCAGUAAAGGCAACUCUAGUUUUCUAACCUGUUGAUGAAAUCCACAGUCCUAUGUGAUUUAUUUUUGUUGCACGAUUGUUACCAUUGGCCUAAGACAUCUACAGUUUUAAUUAGAGGUUCUGCCAAGUUGUGUACUGUCUGUGCUAGAAACAAGUAAAAAAAAUAAAUGUUAAAUAUCUCA